AUGGCUGUCAAGAAGAAGACUGGCCAGCCUAAGGGAGAUUUGAGUAACGAAGAUGAUGCAUACAAUGCCAUUUUCAGCGGAAGCUUCGGCUCUUUAGAGAUCGGAAACUACAUUGGAUCAAAUGAAGGACAAACAGAACACUUACCAGAUGCCAUAGAUUUUGAAGACGAGGAUGAGCUUGCAGACGAAGAAUUACCUGACGAAGAAGAACCCACCAACAUAGCAAAUAAUUUGCCAGAUGAAAAUGAGGAGGACUACAUGGACAUGAUGAGCCAGGGUGCUAUAAUUGCCGAUCAAAGUGGGACAUUUGAAGAGGGGAAUAACACUCUUUUUAUGAGUGUGGGAAGUCAAGAGACAGGAUUUCCUGAGGAGCACGCUGCGUUUAGCGACUUCGAUGAUGCUAAUCAGCAAGAAGUGGAUGAGCAGCAGAGACAAAGAGAGUCUGAGCGUAUUGCCAGAGAAGAAAAGGAGCUACUACGUUAUUAUUUUCCGAAAUUUAGAAAAAAUCAAACUUUGAUGUUGACAAAUGUUGUGCCACGUCAGAUAGCAAACUACCAAUGGCAGAGAGAGCUUUACUUAACGAACAGACAGUUGAGGCCUUUUUUACCUCUCAAAUUGAAGAUAGAAGUCCAACCAGAUACUAGACGUUUGCUUAAAUCAAAAGGUAAAAGCUGGCAGUCAAAUUCGGAUUCUUACCUCCAGAAGAAGCCCGGCAUUAGAGUUGUUUCUUUGGAAGAAAUGUAUCCAGAUGAGAAAGAGCAGAUAAAACAAGAAAAAAAUGAGGAUACGAUUCCUGAAGACUUACUAGUUGUCGCAAAUGAAUGGGAUUACGAUAAAAUCAUUGGUGAAUCGUGCGAUGAAUCUGAACACAUUCCAAUUCCUUCAGCGACGAGCAAAAAGAUCAUACAAUCUCAACUACAGGAGGAUAGAAAAGACUGGGAAUGGAAUGAAGAAGAAAUCAUCGAAGGGAAGGUCGAUCAAAUCAAGGUUCCUUUAGACAUGAACGAUGAAAAGCUUCUUUUCGUAAAAGAUAAAUCAUCAGAAGCCCCAUCGUCACGUAACAACGAAAGUGUUCUAAUACCCUUCAAUGAAAAAACUUUACUCAAGAAGUUCAAUAUUUCGAAUGACGACAAGUAUAAAAUCCUUAAGGAAAACUACCAAACGAAGAUUCGCUCCACAAUUUCAAAUCUUAGCAUUGAACACUCACAACCUGCUACAAGACUACAAUCACCAUUCUACAGGGUUUCACUUCCUAAGGGUCAAGUAAGGCAUUUCCAUAGGCCAAACUUUGGAGCUCAUAUUCGUCCUGGUACCAACAUUGUCUUUAGCAAAAUAAAGAAUCGGAAGCGGAAGCGAGAUAAAGGGAAAGAUAUAAAAGAACUAUUCGCGAGGAGUCAGGACUUGACUGUAGGAGAUAGUGCUCCAAUAUUUCUAAUGGAAUAUUCUGAGGAGACCCCAGUAGCAUUAUCAAAAUUUGGGAUGGGAAGUAAAUUAAUUAACUAUUACCGUAAAACGGACGAUAAGGAUAUGUCUAGGCCGAAAUUACCAGUUGGUGAAACCUACGUUUUGGGCGUUCAAGAUAAGUCCCCUUUUUGGAACUUUGGGUUUGUGGAACCUGGAAAUGUUGUCCCUACUCUUUACAACAAUAUGAUAAGGGCACCCGUAUUCAAACAUGAAGUUUCUGGCACUGAUUUUUUGCUUGUUAGAAGUACCGGUAACGGGAUGGGGAAUAGAUUUUAUUUGAGAAGCAUUAACCAUCUAUUUACAGUCGGCCAGACUUUUCCAGUUGUUGAAGUUCCCGGACCAAACUCAAGAAGAGUUACUUCUCUGGGUAAAAAUAGGUUGCGUAUGAUUGUCUAUCGCAUUUUAAACAAGUCACCUGAGCAUCGGCUGCUUGUUAAGCAAGUUGCCAGACAUUUCCCUGACCAGAACGAUAUGCAGAAUAGACAGAGGUUAAAAGAAUUUAUGAAGUACCAACGCGAUGGUGAUGAUCAUGGCUUUUGGAAGCUCAAAGAAACUGAAGUGUUGCCUGAUAAUGAAAAUGUGAAAAAAAUGAUCAUACCCGAAGAUGUUUCUCUAACAGAAUCUAUGUUCCAAGGCCAGCAAUAUCAAGAAGACACCGAUUUCUAUAAUUUUGAUGAAAAGCUUCGAAAAUUAGAAGAAAAUCUCAUUCCUUGGGCAGUAACGAAAAACUUCUUAAACGCUACUCAAAUGCGUGCAAUGGUUCAAAUUCACGGUGCUGGAGACCCUACUGGAUGUGGAGAAGGUUUUUCAUUCUUAAAGACUUCCAUGAAAGGUGGAUUCACACGGUCUGGAAAUGAGAGUGGUCAACCUCAAGCUACUGGUGGACACAGUUAUAAUGUAGCACAGCAACAAAAAGCAUAUGACGAGGAAAUUAGUAAGACAUGGUAUACACAGGCUAAAAGUUUGAGAGUUUCCAAUCCUUUCGAAGAAAUGGACGAUCCAGAUGUGGUAAACAGAACUAACAAAAAGGUCAGGUCACAUAGAGACGAUCAUAAAGUUUUGAAAAUAAUUCGCAAAAAAAGAGAUGACAACGGUAUAAUCCAAAGACAAACAAUCUUUGUCAAAGAUCCCCGAGUAAUACACGGCUAUUUAAGAGCAUAUCAAAAGAAAAGAGAAGAAGCUGAAGCCAAUCUUGGUUUAGAAGAACUCAUGAAUGAUAAUAUCGAUUUAGUAAGCGGCGGAAACGUAGAAGAGAAACAACUCAAGCAAAAGAAGCUCUUAGAGGAACAGCUAGCACGCCUACAGAAAUCCCAAGAGAGAAGACAGGCCAGAAAGUUGGCUAAAGAAAAGAACAAAGAUGGGAAAAUUACCAAGGCCAAAAAUACCACGAGAAGAUGUGCGACUUGCGGAAUGGUUGGCCAUAUUAGAACAAACAAGUCAUGCCCGAUGUACAAUGGAGGUGCAAACGCUAGCAUAGCCAACCCAUCAACCCCUGCUUCAGCAUCAACUCCAAAUGUUCCACCAGAUAACUUGGUGCUAUGA